AUGUCAAUUAAACCAAUGCCACGAUAUGGUUUUCCUUGUUCUGAUACAGAUGUCCUCUGUUUACAACGAACAAAACAAAUCAACUCGCAUUCUUAUUCUUCAAGGAUUGUUAAAUCAAACUCGAUAAAUUAUACGACGAGACCAUAUCGAAAUAAAGUAUUACAAGAAUUGAUGAGCAAUGAACGAACGAAAGAAUCUAUACGAUUUCCUCAACAGCCCGUGAAUAUGGAUGAUAUGCAUUUGAUUAGUAACGAAUUGAUAUCGAACAAAUGGUGGAGAAUUAUCUAUUUGUGGAAAGCCUAUUUGGAAGAAAAACAUCUUGCUAUUUUACUGUGUGCAAUUGAAUCAAAUUCCAUUGUAAUAAAUCUCAGUCUUGAUUGGAAUCGAUUGGGUGAUGAUGGUGCGUCCUUGAUUUCUCGUACUCUACAGUUAAAUACAUCUUUGCGAAGUGUUUGUUUGAGUGCAAACGGAAUUGGUGCAAUCGGUGCUCGAGAAUUAGCGGAUAUGUUACAUGUCAAUAAGACAUUGACACAUCUCGAACUUGCAUCGAAUCCGAUUGAUGAUUCUGGAGUAGUCGCUAUUGCUCGUGCUCUACAACAAAAUCGGACACUACAAUCUCUCAAUUUGAGUCAAACAGAAAUGACUCUGGAUGGUGUUCAACAAUUAGCUAAUAUGCUUGAAAUAAAUACAAUUUUGAAAGUUCUACGUCUAAAAGACAAUGAUCUUGGUGAUGAAGGAGUGAUGAUCAUUGCUCGUGCAUUAACUCGAAAUUCCAUAUUAUCGACGCUUGAUUUGAGUACAAAUAAUGUGACACAUGUCGGUGCCAAUGCAAUGGCAUUUGUAUUACAGCAAAAUAGUACUGCAUUAUCAAGUCUAAUUAUCAAUGAAAAUCCCCUCGGAGAUUUAGGUAUUACAUCGAUCGCAUGUGCACUGACAACGAAUACGACUUUAGUCAAAUUGAAACUGGAGUCAACUGAUAUGACUAUUGAUGGUGCUCGCGAAAUUGCAAAUAUGCUAUGCCUAAAUAACAAUAUAAUAUAUUUGGCUUUGAGCAGAAAUCCAAUUGGUGAUGAUGCCAUCAAUCUACUAGUCAAUGCGUUCAAUGACAACAAUAGUCUUCAACAUUUGCAUCUCAACGAUGUGAAUCUGACAGAUCAAUGUGUUCCGGAUAUGAUGGCUAUUUUGGAACAAAACAAAACGUUGAACUCGAUUGAACUUGUCAAGAAUCUGUUGAGUGAGGAAGCCAAAGUGACAAUUGAGAAAGCAGCAGAAAUAAAUCAAACGUGUUCUUUAUAUUUUCAAUUCACUUUCCAAGGAACAUAUUACGUUUAA